CAUUCUUGUUAAAAGUUAUGAAACAGGAGAGUGUGCCUCUCAGGAUUAGAAUGGCGAUUCCAUGGAUCUUGUGGGGAAUUUGGAAGCACCGAAAUGAAGUUUUAUAUGCUGGGAAACAGGGUGAGUUGAAUGCUCUGGUCAGUCACGCAAUAGAAGAAGCAGAAGAGUGGAACAAGAUUAAGGAGUUACAACCGCAAACUUCCAUGAGUAAUGUCCCGGUUUUGCGAAGAGAAGGUCAUUGGGUCAAACCCCCGAAUGAUUUUCUUAAGUGUAACCUCCAUACGUCUUGGUUAAAUGAUUCACAUAUGUGUGGUGGAGCAUGGAUGGUUAGAAAUCAUCAGGGAGAUGCAGUUUUUCAUGCGAGAGAAAUGUUUCUUCCUGCUUCAAAUCGUAUUGCAGCGGAAUUACGAGGGAUGCUUUGGGUUUUAAGGAGCCUCUUAGAUUUACAUUUGGAUAACAUUGAAAUUUGGUCAGACUGCAGUGCUGCUAUUGAAGCCAUUAUUGAUCCAUCCAACUGGCCAAGGUUCUUACCUCGACAAGGUACACAGGUUAAUCUCCUCCUUUCAUCAAAUAGUGUUUAA